AUGGAGCAGUCUUUCGACCUCCCCGACUCCACCGACUGGCUUGACACGCCGCUCUCCCUCCUCGCGCCACUAGAGUCCUCGCUUCGCUGUCAAGUCUGCAAGGACUUCUUCGACACCCCGGUGAUUACUUCUUGCAGCCAUACAUUCUGCUCAUUAUGCAUUCGCCGGUGUCUUAGUACUGAGGGCAAAUGUCCUACAUGUCGCUCGGGCGAUCAAGAGCUCAAGCUUCGCCGCAACUGGCUUGUACAGGAAAUCCUCGAGGCGUUCAAAAACGCGAGGGAGACCACGCUCAAACUUGCGAAGAAGGAGGCCGCGCGGAUCGCUGCUGGUGACAAUAGAGCUCCAGAACCGGGCCCAAAGAAGCGGAAAGUUAGCCAGGUGGACUACGCCGAAGCGACCGAUGCAAUCCAUCGUAGUCCGCAACGCGUUCGUACAAGGUCAAGGUCGCAGAUGGCGCAGGCGCAAACAGAUAGACAUGAGCACAAUCAGGUCUCAGGGGUACCAGAAGUGAUCGAAGACAGUCAAGAUGAAGAUUUCGUUCCAGUCGCAGAUGACGGCAUGGUUGCUUGCCCUAUAUGUAACCGCAGAAUGAAGAACGAGGCUGUCUUCGCACAUCUUGAUAAAUGUACGGGAGAUCCAGGACCGGCUUUAAAACCAGCCCCUGCAAAGCAAACAUCAUUUGGAUCCCUACAACCUCAAUCGCGCCAAACUCCGAUAUCCCCUUCAAAAACACCCGAUAGACUCCCAGCGAUGAACUAUUCGCUCCUAAAAGAUCUGCAAUUGCGCAGGAAAUUCCGAGACCUGGGUAUCCCCGACUGGGGCCCGCGACAGCUCCUGCAGAGGCGUCACACUGAGUGGAUGAAUUUAUGGAAUGCAAAUUGUGACUCCACAUCCCCUAAAUCCAAGAAGGAAUUACUGCGUGAGCUUGACAUCUGGGAAAGGACACAAGGCGGGUUUGCACCAACGCAGUCCUCAGUUGUCGCGACCAACACAGUGAUGGCCAAGGACUUCAACACGGCCCAAUGGUCUGUCAAUCACGAUACUGACUUCAAGCGUUUGAUUGAAAACGCUCGUAAAAAGAGUGACGCUCAAGUGAGAUCGACCAUUCCUGGUGCUGCUCAGCCAGUGAGCGAGGUUGAGGGGGGCGCUCCAAUUGAGAUCAACUCAGACCCGCCAGCUCCAAGUGAGAUGUCUGGGUGA